CUAGAUCAAGAGGAAAUCUUAAAGCUUAUUUGUGAACAAAUUCUGGUACCUGAGGGAUGGAAAACGAAGAAGGACGAUGAGAAGAUACAUGUAUUACUUUUCACCUCUCAUGGUCUCUGUCAAUAUGCGAUGAACACGGGUAUGCGUGCAGAUGUAACAUUCGAUGAUGACAAUGAAAGGUUUGACCUUAGCAAUCUCAUUCGCCAACAAAAUGCCGUCAGGACUAAUGCUUUUGAUCCUCAAUCUUCUGAAGAAUAUAGACGAAUGGGCCACAACUUCAGAAAAAAAGCAAGAAAAAUGCCAGCAAGCAUUGCUAGAUCUAGAGAUAAGCUUUUACAGCAAAUUCAGAAGGAAAGAAAAGAGCGAUUAAACCGCAUAAUAAAUCAAGCCUUAUAUCAACUACACCAAGGGAGACGAUUUGAUGACUUUGCAUACCAUGAUAACAUGGAUAGCGAUGGCGAAAACAUAGAUGACUUCAAUACAAAUUUAGAAAGGUUGACCAAUACAAAAGUUAAUGAGGAUGAAAUUCACACCAGGCGCAAUUUACCAGUUGAAGAUGAAAAAAUACUUAUGCAUUACGCAUUCCCAGUUAAUCUAAGAGUUGAAGGUUAUUUACAAACUCCAUUAGAAUAAAGCUUUGAAUUUA